AUGUUGAAUUCUGAUGUUUCAUCAAUUAUCUAUCGUUCUGUGGCAAAACACGAAGAAAACCAAGCAUUAGAAAUCUGGUGUUCGAUUUUCAACAAUCCAGUUGAUUUAGAAGAACGUUUGAUCUUAGAAUCUAGUGAAGAUGGUCGACAGUAUGUAUGUGCGGGUAUCACCAAUGUUGCUACUCGAGAUGAAUAUCGACGACGAGGUUUAUCUCGACAUUUAUUACAAAUGACGAUUGAUAAAUUAGAUCAAAGCAAUGAAUUUGAUUUGUCGAUGUUGGGUACGGGAAAAGUGAAUCAUUAUGAACGUUUUAGAUGGGAACAAGUCACUCAACCGAUUCGAGUUAUUAUCGAUUGGCAAAUCCAUGCUUCAUCUCAUGAAAAUAUUCAAUGGCGUCCAGUAUCAGAUCUUUCCUAUGAAGACAUCGAACUUUUAUGUAAAAUGCAUUCAAGUCAUCGUCGUAUUUAUCAGAUGCGACGAUCUCCAUGUUCCAUCUUUUAUCAUUGGGUGAAACGAAGAUGGGAAAAAAGUGCUGCUAUUGUUUAUCUCGACGAAGACAAAGGUUAUGUAGUUAUCGGUAAUCCUGAAAAUGAAGAAGAUGUUGGUGUAUUAGAAUGGCGAGCAUCGAAUUUCGAUCACGAGCAGAAACUUUUAUCUUUAGCGGUCAACGAAAUCCGACAACGUUAUGGAUUGACAAAACGGAUUCAGUUGUUUACAUUGCCACAGUAUAUGACAAUUGAGCAAUUGACUAACUGGGCUGGUCCGGUUCAAGUUGGAACUAAUUACGAUAUAAUGAUGAGAAAUAUUCGAUUACCACCCGGAAUUUACGAACAAAUAAAAAAUUCUUUUUCGAAUGGUCAUGCUGUGUUCUGGUCAGGAGAUUAUUUUUAA